CACGCAUUUUCCAUUGAGUUUUUUAUAUUGAGGUAUUUUUAUUUAAUUAUGGGUAAACAUAAGAAGAGGAAGCAUGAGGAUCGUGAUGAGAAGGCCGAGAUCCUUCGAAAAAUUCAAAAAUUAAAUGUUCAGGUGCAGCGUCUCUUCGCACAGCCACCCGACGAUGCUCAUGAAAACAAGGAAAAUCAUGAUGUUGAAAAUUCAACUGCCCCUGAGGCAUCCGACACCCGCAAAAACGGUGGAAACACCGGAGUGUCAGUCACGUCCAACACAUGUGCGCCAGACGCCUCCGUCCCAGAGACAUGCAGCCCAUCAGAGGCCUCACAGGGUACAACCCCUAUUGAGACUGAUCCUGUCGUUGUGGAUCUAGAGGACGCUUCCAGCCUGGACCCGGACUUGUUGGAAGUCCUGGGCGCUGACCCAUCUAAACCUCAAGAGCUGGAAAUAUCUCUCCAAGGUGAGCUAGCAACUCGCUGGGCAGUUUGGUUAACAAAGCCGCUGGAGAAAGAGGCUCUGGACAAGUUAACGGAGAGGUAUCCACGCACGUCCUCAAAGUGCCAAUUCGAAGCUCCAAAGCUAAAUCCUGAGAUUUUAGCUAUCUCAACGGAUGCUCUGAUUCAGAGGGAUAAAAAGUUUUGUGCCUCACAGAAUCUUGCAGGUUCUGCCCUGGUUGCUCUGGGAGCAGCUGUCUCUAACCUUUUAGAGCAUGAUGAGAUAGACAAGUUGGAUCUCCUGCAGAAACUUUGUGAUGCAGGAAAAUUGAUGACUCAGGUGCAUCGUGGUUAUUCAUCGACCAGAAGAGCGUUCAUAUCGCCUAGUCUUAAUAAACAGGUCCGUGAUGCACUAGAGGCUACCUCGCCAGACCAGCAGCUGUAUGGGUCCAACCUUUCGGACAAGGUGAAGGAGGUCAAGACGUUGUCAAAGCUCAGCCAAGACCUCAAAGUUGCUCCUGCUCCUUUAAAAAAGCAGAACAAUUUAAACCCGAAAGGCCCGCUUGUCAAGUUCAGGAGGCCACAAGCGGGCACGAAACCUCGAGGGAAGCCCCGAGUGAGCAACAGCGGCUCCAGCAGCUUCUCCAAUCCCAGAUCUCGCCAUCCCAACAGACAGAUGCCAGCCUCGUCAGUCCCAGACAAGGCUCAAGAAGCCAAGAAGUGAUCUCUGGUCCAUCCCCUAGCUUGCCAACUUACCCUGGUGGCAGGAGUAUUAUCUGGCAAGCCUUUGUCAGAAGGGGUAUCCCCACAGCAACGGCGGACAUUAUGACGCAGUCAAUUACGGAGUCAACCCACAAGCAGUAUAGUGUUGGACUCCGCAAGUGGUGGGACUUCUGCCAGGGAAAGAACAUCGAUUGUUUUACUCUGCCGGCUCCAGUAGUGCUCGAGUUCCUGACUGAAGAGUUCGGACGGGGAGCGUCUUACGGCUCUCUCAACUCUCACCGUUCUGCACUCUCCUUAAUUGCUGAAAAGG